AUGGUGGCUUUGAACUUCACUUUGAUUUGUAUGACAUCAGAUAACAAUGUGACUGUAAGCACGUGGGCUUACUUAUUAUUAUAAUGGAAUAGGUCCACAAUGGAUUCCCAACCCAUGAUUACACAAGUAUCGAGCAGGGAUAUCUGAUGUGGUCUGUGGCCAUCGGGAGUAUGGUGGGGACCUUCCCUUUCAGUUGGCUCUACACAAAUUAUGGGGCCAGAUUUGUAUUCUUUGGAGCUGGAGUGCUCUCUGCCUUCUCAACGGCCCUAAUUCCGCUCGCGGCAUCAUUGGACUUUGUGUUUUUUGUAGCCCUCAGAUUUACUCAAGUAGUUCACGUAUAUGCAAUAUAAAGUAAUAUUGAUUUUAGGGGUUUGCUUAUGCUGCCGAUUUUGCGGCCAUAGGUGUUCUAUGUUCAAGAUGGGCCUCCCUCAAGCAGAAUGCCCUUUUUCUCUCGGUAUUAACUUGUUACUCAGCUUUGGCCACCUCUUUCACAAAUCCCAUGGCUGGACUUGUAAGUUUAACUACUUCUAUGUGAUUGUUAUCAGUUCUGCGAAUCUGCUUUCUUUGGAUGGCCAUCAAUCUAUUACUUUAAUGCCGUGGUCAGCAUUAUUCUUUUUGGAGCUUGGCUUCACUUUUAUGAUGACUUUCCUGAGAAAAGUAAUUACGUGUCAAAAGUGGAACUGGAGAAGAUUCACCGAAACAAAACGAAAGCUCACAUCGAGAUGGACAGUUAUGUUCCAUAUAAGGUGAGCGGUUGCAUUAAUAAACAUGCAUAUUUUUUAGCAAAUUUUAACACACAAAGUGGUCUUAUCUUGUUGGCUGAAUGCCUUUGCUGAUCUCUUUACUGCUGUUUUCAUGCAUACCUAUCUGCCCCAGUACAUUCGAUAUGCUCUUGGGUAUACUGUAGCAGAAACCGGGUUGAUAUCAGCCAUUCCGACGAUCUUGUACAUUCCUAUGAAAGUGGUCUUUGGAUAUUCAAGUGAUAAAUUCAAAUGCAUCAGUGAAAGGUCCAAGUUGCUAAUAUUUAAUGGGAUCGCUGUGGGUGUUCCUAGUGUGCUUUACGUGUUUGUCGCCUUUGUUGAGGCCAGAGAUAUCAAUGUUGUCAUUGUGAUCAUAAUCCACAUAUUCUACGGAGCUGCCGGAGGGGCAUUCUAUAAAUGCGCUACUCUGACUUCAAGGUGAGAAGUACCGGUCUCCGAGUCUGAGUGUUCAUUUGUUUGUUUUUUAGGCAGUACAGUCAUUUUGUGAUCGCUAGUAUCCAAUUUAUAAAAUGUGUGACCCUCUUUUUGGCCCCCACGUUGAUGACUGUAAUUGUAACUGACACCUCUGACUUCUAUAAAUGGAGGAUUAUUUAUCUGAUCUUUGCUGUAAUCUUGUUUGUCGUAAGUUUAAUCAUUUCAGAUCAUAUUUUUUUAGUCCAACAUCGUCUUCCAAGUUUACGCCACCGAUGAACCGGCCUCCUUCACAGAAUUGUCACGUUCGCGAAAAAAUUCUUCUGCUGUUGCAACGUCCUCCGUUCUUGCAACGGCGUAG